AUGUCGUCAUCACCUUAUCCAAUCCUGGACAACCGACCAAUUGACAAGUGGAAGGUUACGGAAUUGAAAGAAGAGCUCAAAAGACGGAGACUAACAACAAGAGGCUUGAAGGAGGAAUUGGUUAGGCGUCUUGAUGAUGCCCUUCGUGCUGAGCAAGAAGAGUCUCAAAGACUCAACGAUGCUGCUCUUGCUGCUGCUGUGGCAGCCAAUCAACAGCCUGAGUUUACUCCUAUGCCUGGAGGCAACAAUACACCACAUCGAAUGCAAGCUACUCCUGUUGCUCCAGUUGAAGCGGCGGUAUUCAGCACUGAGACAACUCCAGUUGCAGCUGAGACAACUCCAGAGCCAACUGAGGCUAAGACAACGACUGAAGCAUCAGCUGCGGCGGUUGAGACUACACCACCCCCGGUGUUUUCUAACUCAGGUGAAAAGGUUGAUGAUGUUAGAGAUGUAACUGGUGAUGAUGUGAAGCUACAAGAACCUCAGGGAUUUGGGAUGGCUGCAACUGAUGCAGUAGUUGCCGAAGAGCCGUCCAGUGAGCAGAUUGUUGAGAACUCUGAAGUAGAGAUAGAGAAUAAGGAAACCUUUAACGGGUUUGAUGGUUCUAUGGACCAACCAACAGAGUCAGGUCUUGAAAAAUCUGCUAUGUACAACCAGGUAUCUGAGGUCAUCCCCGUUACAGGGUUUGAGGUAAAAUCUGAUUGUAUUUCUACUGAUUCUGUGUCAAAUAAUGAGAAAAUAGAACUAAAGGAUAACGAAAUUGCUGAUGAUGUCAAAUUAGAACAAAUUGUUAGUAAGUCCCAAGAGCCAUCAACUGUCGUUGGUGAAUCGCAUCCAAUGGAUGUCGAGAAGCCACUUGAGCAGAAGAUGUAUGUUGGAGGUGGGGAUGACAGCGUUGCUGCAAAUGCUGAUAUGAGCAUAGGCAAUAAUGAUAUCGAUGCAGGGGACUCAGAAAAGUUGAAUUUAGAUAGAAGUUCUGGUGAUGAGUCUAUGGAAGACGAGCCAGAGACUAAGCAAACUGAGUCAGUUACAUCUCAUGAAAUGGUGGAGAAGAGUGAGAAGAAAGAGGAAGCCCCUGAAAGUAAAAGCCAUCCAAUGGUGGCUUCUGACAAAAGAAAGCUCCCUGUUAAUGAGCAAGAAGCUGUUGGAAACAAUGAGCCUGCAAAGAGGCAACGUCGAUGGAACUCUGAGAGCAUUAAGGUUCCUGAAGCACAGGCCACUAACAGCGCCACACCCACUACAACACCGAGGUCAACUGGUCUGAAGCGUGACUUCUCAAGAUCCAACUCUUCGGUUAGUGAGGAUGGACCCAAGGAGCGUGUGGUUCCUCCAUCUCCAAAGGAGCCUACGAAUUCUCUCAGGAUUGAUCGUUUCCUUAGGCCGUUCACACUGAAGGCUGUUCAAGAGCUUCUGGGAAAAACGGGAAACGUCACUAGCUUCUGGAUGGACAACAUUAAGACCCACUGCUAUGUAUCGUAUUCUUCAGCUGAAGAAGCUGCAGCAACAAGAGAAGCAGUGUAUAACCUCCAGUGGCCGCCUAAUGGAGGACGCCUUCUGACAGCUGAAUUUGUUGGACCAGAAGAAGUGAAGGCAAAACUGGAAGCUCCUCUGCCUGCUCCUCCUCAGGCUCAGGCUCCAUCGCGGGCACAUCCAACUGCUCUUCCACCACCACCGCCUCUGGCCAAAGCACCUGUUGCUCUGCCUCUUCCUCCACCUCCUCCUCUAGUCCCUGAGGAACAGGAACCUCCAAUAGUCACUCUGGAUGAUCUUUUCAAGAAGACAAAAGCAAUCCCCAGGAUAUAUUACUUGCCCUUGUCAGAGGAACAGGUUGCAGCUAAACUUGCCGCUAAGAACAAGUGA